AAAAAACAUCAAAAAUCACAAAUAUUAAUCAAUAUAUUGGUUACUGAACAAAAAUCAUCAGCCUAAUUUUUUAAAAGACGCCGUUCACAACGAUAUUAAAUCAGUUUCCAGAUGAUCAAAUUGCGUUUUUUAGGUUUUUAUUCGCAUGUAUAAACGAACAAGUUCCAGUCCGGGAACAAAUUUCAGAUCCCGGAACUUUAAGGACGUUGACGGCAGUUGUACUCAGUUGUCUCAGGACCCUUCGCGGCGGUAACACGGAACACGCCGGUACAGUUUGAUUGUAUCGUUACCAUUACGAAUCAGCUUUGGGCCACUACGACGGAUGGCGGCGCAAAUAUGGUGAAAACUUGGCGGAUACACGAACUAUCACGGAAGACCUCCGAUAGCAUGGGAACUACCGGAUAGACAGAGUGCUUACAAGGACCUUAAUUGUGCAAAUACGGUGACAUCACAGAGUAUCACGGAGGAAAACGGAAUAACGUGGAUAACGGUGGAUUUUCAUAUAAAACCAGACAAGAUAAUUGCCAAGCAAUUCGGUGACCGCUGGUAGCUCCACAACUGUGUGAGUUCCUUGGGCGCACACCAUUAUCAGUUUCCUCGGAGCGGUGGCUUCUUGUACCACACAUACAGUAUUUCCAUAAAACUCAUGACCAAAUUAGGCGGAUGUACGGAGCUAUGGAUCAUCCGAUUAUGCUUUAGUGUUCAACAACAGUGUGCUAAAGUAAACCAUCGACAGCUGAGUUUCGAUCUAAUCCUGAAUCUUUACCAAACGACGACAAAUCAAAGCCAUCCUACAAUACUGCGGAUAACGCAUUCGCUUUGAAGAAAUGGCUCAUAAAACCUUUCUGUAAGAAAAAAACCUGUCACAUUCCAAGUGAGCGCUGAUGAUUGAUGAUCUACUGUUGAAGGUGAUGGCAAUUUCGAUCUCGACUUCGAGCGUGUUCCUUUGUGUUGCUGAUUAUUUUCAUCGGUAGCGAAUGCUGCUCAUGGCUAUGUUUUGGCACUGAAAGGCCCAUUUUGCCAUACGAUCCAUUUUAGCUUACUUUUGACGUUUUAGAUGUGUACAUGAAAUACGAGGUUACACUUUUGAGAUACAAUUACAGAAUGAUGGAAACAUCGAAAAUCAACCUGCUUCUAUGCAAGUUAUUAUCGGUCCGAGGCAUAUCGUGAUUUGUUCGUAUCGCUGCCGUGAUUGUCCGUGUCGUUGUCGUGAUUGUCCGUGUUGUUGUCUUGAUUGUCCGUGUCGUUGUCUUGAUUGUCCGUGUCGUUGCCGUGAUUGUCCGUGUCGUUGUCGUGUAUGGAAGGGAAAGAUUGCCAAUAUUAUUCAUCAUUUUGUUUAAAAGAGAAUUUUUAAAAUGCAACAUUCUAAUAUCUGUUUUGUACAAUUGUAAAGUGUAAAAUGAUGUCUCUUCCGAUUCUACAAAAUGUUAAAAUGUUUAAAAACAAACAUGUAACUUCUUCAACUACAGAUCUGAAAAUGAAAAUGAAGAUAUUGUAUAUAUAAAGUCUACAUCUUCAUAUACCUAAUAUUGUAGUCAUAAGAAUAAAUAAAAGAUAAUAGAUCCAUCUGAAAGUAAGUUGAUGAGAAACUACAUUAGCAUGUUGAAUAUUUUCUAAGUUGUACGAUCGGUUUUAGUAAUCUGCUACUAGUCAGCAUCUAACAAGUGUACACUAUACAAUUGUACAGGAUAAAAGUUGACGAAUCACUAUUCAACGUUUUACAACGCAUUUUCAAGUCAACCGGUGUAAGGGUGCAAAUUGUCAUUAUUAGCAGCCACAGGUGUUUGGCGCGUGGCUAAGUCACUUAAACACUUAAGCGUCUGAUCGACAUGGAGCUGGACUCGAAAUAGCCGAUAAACAAUUUCCUUUUUUACAACAAUUUCGACGUUAUAACGCAAACUAAAGGACAAAUCUGUGUUGUAAGUUGAUAAACUCGAAUUUUGUUUAUUGUACUUAUGUGGAUUACGUUCGGUAGCUGGGAUAUUUCGAAACUUUUACUCUUGUAAAAAUCGGCACUGAACGUUCGGUCAGACGAAACCCGACCUAGCCUUUCUACGAGUUGAGAAUUGUUUAAUUGCACUUUAUGUUGGCAAGUAGCCGAUCGUGGUCAUUUUUCGUCACGCGACAGCCUUUCUCAACAAAACGGUACAUAGUUCAUGAAAAUCGACCGCCUUUUAGGCACUUAAUGGCUUAACAAUGUUGAUGUAGGCAAAGACCAAUUAAAUACAUUUGUAUUCUACAUGUCUUUGAUGUAGGUGAUUUUCCUGUGGCAAGAGAUACCUACCUUGUGUAUAUAUAUUAAAUCAGAAAAAAUAUUUUUGGUCGAAAUGAUGAAAAAUGUUGUUUUAUGACAUAUUGAUAGUGUUAAAGUGACUUAGCCACGCGCCCAACACCAGUGCACCAGAAGAAUCAUUUACAUUGGUGCCCGGCCCGUAAGCGAGGCAUUGGUUCCUGGCUAAGGAGAAAAAUAUUUGUGUCGCUCCCACCGCGUGUAGAUUGCAUGCAGACUUUCCAACUGUUCAAAUGUCAACUUGUAACAUUGCAAGGUUUAAAGAUACGCGAUGACUAAUCUAGACGUGUUUACAUGCUCACGGUGGAAAUCGGCAGUUCGUUAAAGUUACUGUUGCAAAUUUGUAUACUUAAGCAUUCACCUUCGUAAAGAAGCGUUAGAGCUGUGACAAAGUUUUGUUCGUUGUGUAUGCGAUUUAAAAAUAAUAGUAAAUGUAUAUUUUACAUUUUGAACAUUAUUUUUUUUUAUUCAUUGAACAGUUUUAAUUGGACAAUGCACAAGAUGAACAUUUGAGGUGUCUCCACCUUCAAAAUAAACAUUGAUGAAAAUUGAAACAUUAAAUAUCAAACAUUGUUUAUUUGAACAGAUAUCAUCUGACAUGUAUGUAAAGUCUGUAAUUGCAACAUGGAACAUAUCAGCUGAAUGCUCAACAAGUGCAACAUUUCUGGUUAUAAAUAAUAUUUGCGGUCUUUCCCUUCCAUAGUUGUGUAGGUCCGGAAUGGUUCAAUUAGAUGCCGUGAUGAUCCGUGUUUAUCCGGGGCUGUCCGUGUCUCUGCUGGUCCUUAAUAGCACGGGGCGCUGAAGGGAUUGUCCAGUGUGUGCGCUGCGUUGAUGCGUGUUGCCGCCGGAUUUAUCCGUAUUGGUACGGGUUAUGCAUACCGUGCUGUCACCGGGUUGUGGGUCUUUGGAAGACCGUCGUCGCUAAAAAAUCACAAACCUCCACGGAUCAGAGGAAUCCGGAAUUACUGAUGUAUCCAUCCAUGAUCCGCUCGGAACGGUUUAAACAUAUAGAAGCCUUGUGCAUAUGCCUAUGAAUUUGUUCCGGAAUAUCCCGAAUUAUUGACGAAAGUUUGUAAAACAUCCCAAAACCGUCCCGAAUAAAACGUCCGGCAUCCCGCAUAGGUUAAAAAGAUGCAACUUUUACACGCAUAUUUAUUGUGUUAAGGAAGUUGGUGUUUUAUUUAACGCAACUAUUAUAUAUUUAUAAAGGUGUGUCAUACAGUCGAACGCAACAAGAAUUCGACAAUACUGACUUCAUGACUGUUAACCAAUUGACUUUGUGGGUCAAAACACACCUUUUAUUGCUGUUGUUAAAUUUAGAGAUCAAGAGAUACCCAAUGUAUUUCGUAUUAACCGGGCUAUUCAUUCCAGUUUGAAUGACUCUUGAAUACACUAUACAAUUACAUUCUGCUGUGUACCCAUUCGUGACACUCGAAAUUGGAUCUUUGGUUUGAUGCGUUGAAACGCAUAACUUAUGGCUUAAACAAUCAUCUACUGAAAUAUGAAGCUUUUCUUUAAAGCUUUGGGGUAAAAUUCGGUACACGCCAGGGGUAGAGCCGUGUACGUGUGACUGGUUUUGUUAUAUAAUAUAUUUGUGUCUUGUUCUGAGAAAAUUGGGCUUAAUGCAUGUGCGUACAUUUUCUGCACAGGCUAAUCAGGGACAACACUUUCCGCUUGUAUGUAUUUUUCGUUUAAAGGAAGUCCCUUCUUACAGAAAAUCUUGUUAAGGCGGAAAGUGUCGUCCCUGAUAAGCCUGUGCGGACUGCGCAGGCUAAUCUGGGACGACACUUUAAGUACAUGCAUUAAGCCCAGUUCUUCCAGAACGCUGCUCAUUUAUACAUUGCUGUUAUAAAGUCGAAGCAACACAAUCUGUGGCACAGAGCCUAUGCUUGAUAGCAGUAAUUAUGCUCUCGGAAGUAAACGAAAAACGACUACAUAAACAACCAAUGUUCAUAGCCAUAUUCAAAUUGUGAUAAUCCAAUAAAGCUUCCUAAAUGGGUCUUUGUAUUUUCCGUCUUUUCUGUUUUAAUUUUGCACUCACUUAAAUCAACACUCUUCUCUCACUCAGAAAACCCUUUUGACUCUAUACCCUCUGUGUCAGUCAUCAUUUAUAUUAGUUUAACCCAUUUAUGCCUAGUGGACUCGCCCACCCUUCUAAAUUGGGUCAAUUUAUUUCCAAAAUUAGGGAUGCCUUGUAUAUUUAUUUCUAUAUUAAGAAUAUUUCUUACAGAAAUUCCUUUAAGCAAACAGCGCAGACCCCGAUGAGACGCCGAAUCAUGCGGCGUCUCAUCUAGGACUUCGCUGUUUGCCAAGGCCUUUUGUCUAGACGCUAGGGAUCAAUGGGUUAAUUUACUAAUUGUAUCGAAAGCCUUUGGUAAAAAAACGGAACACUCUCGUGUUCUUUUUCUUGAGAAUUUUAUGUGAAAGUUUCCGUUGUGACGGGAUUCAACGCGGGAUCUCAAAGUCGCAAGGCAAACACAAUAUCCUUUAUACCAUUGUGGGCUUCAACAACCCAUUUCACCCAGUCUUGUUACGCCCGCGUUCGAUGGCGGAAGUUUACUGAAGGAUAACCUGAUCAAUUUAUGUUUUUUGAAUAAGUACGUAAGCACACGUAUAGACGGAUAUAACUGUUCAAAAGUAUACGUUACGUGCCGCCAAAUGAAGCAACAACGCGUCGAUCCGGAGAGGAGGACGGCACUUGAUAGACCGCAAGUCCUACGCCACUUGUUCAAUAUAAGUUUGCGAGUCUUAAAGGCAAUUGCCGUGUCAGCUCUAGUAAUAGUCCUCGUAUUCCUCGUUUUUGGUCUUCACUAUACCAGUCAUCUUCAGAGACAGAACAUUAAAUGGAAAAGGCUCGAGAUCCAGCAAAUAUUAAUUACAAAAUCUCCCAAAGUGACGGUUACGAACAUCGGGCAACCCAAAACUUCAACGUUGUCACCAGAACUUAUGGCGAUAUCGCCAGACAUCGAACUUGAUAAGCUCAUAAAUGCGUCAUCUGGUGAAAAAUAUCCAAUAUUCAAUGGAAAAUAUGUAUUUGAAAAUCCAACUUUGUGUUCAGAAGUGAAAAAUCUGUCAGUGCUUAUAAUAGUGCAUACGGCGCCGGACCACUUCGAGAUGCGGCUGGCGAUACGCAGGACAUGGGCGAACGACACUUACUACCGUAAGAUUGGAGUGUCCAGAGUUCUCUUCCUGCUUGGGCGUGUGGAGGAUGCAACGCUACAGGAAAAGAUGGAAGCCGAGUUUAAGGACUACCGCGACAUGCUGCAAGGGAACUUCCGGGACGCCUACCGGAACCUCACUCACAAGGGCGUCAUGGCGUACAGGUGGAUCACCGAACGAUGUAGAAACGCGAAAUUUAUUUUAAAAACUGACGACGACAUAGUUGUAAAUAUGUUUCAAUUGUUCACUCGCGUGCUACCGAAUUUUCACAACAAAACGAAACAAAUAUUUUGUAAUCAUGUUUACGCCGGUACGAUGUCGAUUAUCCGGGAAAAGAAUAGUAAGUGGCAUGUGAACGAAAACCAUUUUCGGGGAAAGACAGCGUAUCCGGAGUAUUGCAGUGGUUUUAUGGUUCUGUACACUAAUGACGUUAUACCGGCAAUUUACAGAGCAGCCACGAUGACGCCAUUUUUCUGGGUUGACGACGUUUACCUUUAUGGGUUGGCUCCUGGCCACGUGCCUGGAAUAAAGUACAGCGACAUGAAAAGAACUGACCAUAUGCUUGAUGGGCAAAAGGCUCUCAGCUGUUACAGAAAUGUGACUGAAAAUCUCGGCAAAAAGUGUGAAUAUUUGGUGACUGGUUCCCGUAAACUUCAAGUGAGCGAAGAAACGUGGAUAGAAAUGAGAAAGCAGUUUGACCAUGUGGUGGGUACCAAUUCGUCUUCAACAUCAACAACAACACCAUCCAACCAUACAUAGAUAACAUGAAGCGUAGAUCUAAUUAAUCGAUACAAUGUUUUGUACAUUGACUAGUUGUAUCAAAACUAACAAAUAUUUAUGAUGGAGUGGAUUGCACAAUAAAAAAUUGCAUCACGUGCCAUAAAUGUAGAUCUGUUGAAGCGCUGUUGUAAACAAAACUUUGCAAAAUAAAAAGUGUGUACAACGUUAGAACGCGUUUUCCACCAUACACUUUAGAAGGAAUAACGGGGCUUAUUGGUGUGUUCUUGGGCCCCCUGUCAAUGGUGAUCGAUAAUGUAACAGUGUAUGAACAUUAUUUUGCAAAUUUGGUUAUACAUGUACUUAAAAAAUCUCA